AUGGCCGUCGUCGACGGCCGCGACCCCGCGGCCCAGUCCGUCGCCGAGACCAUCGACCGCAUCGCGUCGCAGCCCGCGGGCGAGUCCGAGGUCGCGACGGACUACCUCGCGUGCUGCUCGACGGUCGAGGCGGCCUUCGACGAGCGGAGGAGCCUCACGGCGGCGGUGAGCGAGGCGCGCUCCCUCGAGGGCGAGGUCGUCGCGCGGCCGGGCGCCGAGCCCGCGGACGCGCGCGGCGCGGAGAACGCGGCCGGGUCGACGGUCGCGGGGCUCGUCGGCCUGUCCUACGGCCUCUGGCGCGAGUCGCGCGAGGCGCUGGCCGCGUCGAUCUUCGAGCAGAAGUGGGCGAACAUGACCUGCGCGGAGCUCGCGGGCCAGGUCACGGUGGGCUGCCUCGAGCACGGGCGCCUGCUCGAGAAGGUCCGCGCGCGCUUCGGCGGCGUCUUCGACCGCGUCUGCCGCCUCCACAGCGACGCGCUCUGGCACCUCGACGCCGCCGUCGCGGCGCUGGGCGAGACGCGGUCCACCGUCGUCGAGCUCACGGCGGCGCGGCGGACGGACGCGCUCGCGUUCCGCGACAAGUACGACGCGGGCGUCGCGGCGCUCCGCGCCGAGCACGCCGCGGAGCUCCAGGCCAAGGAGGCCGCGGCCAAGGACGACCGCCUCGCGUCGCAGCGCAUGGGCGAGACGCUGCGCACGCUCAACGCCGUCUUCCGGGACAUGCAGGCCGACACGGAGGGCGUGUCGAAGAGCGACCUCCGGGACAAGAUCGCGCGGCUCCGUGCGCGGCUCCAGGCGCAGCUCAAGGACGCGACGGAGGAGCUCUGCGACCUGCGCCCGUUGAAGGAGGUCGCGGCGAAGGUGCCCAUGCUCGAGAAGAACGUCGGCGCCCUCCACCUCGAGCGGUCGGACCUGAAGAAGCAGCUUUUAGAGCGCGAGACCGUCAUCGCCGCGCUCCAGGCGACCGAGGCCGAGCGGCUCCGCCAGGAGGAGCUCGCCGCGACGAACGAGCCCCUCCACGAGGGCGAGCUCGCCAAGGGCCGCAAGCGCGAGUCGACGCAGCCCGAGGGCGACGACGACGAGGACGAGCCCGGCGACGGCGUCGACGUCGGCGACCCGCUGUCGAACGUGCUCUGCAUCAAGUGCAAGAAGUCGCUCAACGACAUGGCGAACAUCCACAGCGCCAUCGAGGGCGACGGGCCCGCGGAGCCGCCGCGCCUCGUCUGCCACGCCUACCGCCUGCUCCUGCCCAACAUCGGCGGCCACCGGCCGCCGCGGUCGCCCGCGUGGAUCCGCCGCGCGAUGCGCGGCGUCGUCCACGCGAUCAUGGUCGACCACGCCAUGCACGGGCCGACGCAGGACGGCCGGUCGCGCUUCCCCGAGUUCGUCUACGCCUACUUCGAGCCCAAGCGCGAGCGCCUCGACGCGCUCGACGCCGUCGAGCGCCGCGCGGCCGUCGCCAAAGCCGACGACGACCGCUGGGGGCUCUACUACGGCGUCAAGUUGUUGAGCCGCGAGUCCGACGAGGCGAAGCUCUUCUGGAGCCUGUUGGACGAGUCGCACGGCACGGACUUCCUCGCGUUCUACCUCUACUGCGUGACGAUGAUCCGCAAGACGGCGACGGAGAUUUUAAGGGACCAGGGCGACGUGUGCUACCGCGCGACGUCCUACGAGAAGCUCGAGACGCUCGUGAACAUCGGCGAGGAGGAGGCCGCGCGCUGGCAGCGCGACGGCACGGUGCCGUCGGACCCCGUCUGGAACCGCCUCGUGAGCGCGAACGACCAGGACGCGCUCGCGAUGGGCGGCCAGCAGAACGUGUGGCUGCCCCUCAAGCACGCCGUCGAGGCCACGGAGCAGAUCUUGAUCAAGGCGAACCCGAAGCUCCGGCGCAGUGCCCUCGAGGCGACGCGCGAGAUCGCCGUCGCGGGCGAGGGCCGCACGCGCAAGUGGGGCUCGAACCAGAUGGAGUGCGUCGACCUCGCGCUCUGGCUGCGGAUCCUGACGCACCUCUACCGCGAGGAGCAGGCGCACCGCCGCGCGGCCGUGCGCCUCAUGUUCGAGACGGCGCUCGCGGGCACGAUCGCGGCCCACGCGCCGGACUACGGCACGGGCCGCGCGCCGGAGCCCGCGGACCCGAACCGGCCCAUCGACCCGCACGAGCCGCCGCCGUGCGUCGACCUGCCCCAGUUCGUGUCCAUCGUGCGCACGCUCUGGCCGACGACGUCGACGGUCUACGCCUGCAACCUGUACCGGGAGGCCCACACGCAGAGCAAGGGCCGCGUGGACUACGAGGUCUUCCUCGAGACCGCGGAGCGGUGCCGCUUCUUCGCGCACUCGCUCGCGCUGCCGCACUACGUCGCCGCGACGCCCGACUUCCCCCUGCCCCAGAAGGAGCGCUUCGCGCUGGGCGCCCUCGUCCACAUGCGCGAGCGCAUGAUCCGGCCCCUCCUGGAACGCGUCGAGGCGUCGCUGCCGGACGGCGCGCGCGCGCGCUUCGUCGCCGCGCGGACGCAGUUCGACAGUUUGAUCGAGCUCAACGAGGACGGCGGCGGCGCCUUCCACGACAUCGACGGCGUCCAGCCCCUGGCGGCCUACCGGCGCCUCCUCCAGCUCUGCGCCGACGCGCGCUACCUGUCCUACGAGCUCGGCAUGGACUACCCGGAGGGCUCGGGCGACGCGGGCGGCUUCGCGGAGCGGCUCCGGAGCCGGACGCUCACGCCCGGCGACUUCGUCGUGACCAUGCUGCGGGAGAUGCGCCACACGGAGCUUGUUUUGAUCGACUUCCACGAGCCGCCGGCCUGGACCCUGGUGCAGCGGCUCCAGCUGUCGCUCGCGGUGAGCCGCGUCGAGAAGAGCUGGCGCCGCCGCGAGGUCGUCGAGGUGGGCCCGCCCCAGGCCGUGCGCCUCGCCAUGCGCAAGGGCUACAUGGGCGGCCGCGGCGACAUCCGGGACCGCCGCGUGCACCUCGCGCCCGCGCGGAUCCUCGGGCUCGUGGGCAACCUCUACGAGUCGUGGCUCCACCUCGCGGCCGACGACCUCACGCUGAGCGCGCUGCCCUUCCCGCGCCUCGUCCACGCGCUCCACGUCCACCGCGUGGGCAUCCCCUCCGUCGCCGAGCGCCUGCUCCACGACCUCUACUACAACUGCAAGCUCGUCGCGGCCGUGCUGCCGCGCGUGCGCCUCUUCUGCAUCUUCUCCGGCGUCGGCCAGCUGCCGCCCCAGAUGACCCUGGGCAAGAAGAAGCCCGACGCCGACGGCGCCCUCGGCGCCCAGCGGAGCGCCCACGAGGCCGUGCUCGCGAAGCACGCGAAGGCCGCGCUCGAGUUCUACGUCAACGCGAUCCUCCUCGUCCGGAAGACGCUCGAGCUGCCGCCGGACGGGCCCCUCUUCCACAACUCGCACCGCUCCGGCGACGGGUCCAACGUCUGCGACUUCUGGGUCUGCGGCAUGAGCGUGCUCGAGCGCUGCGCGCACCAGCUCCUCGACGAGCGCCUCGGCGCGAAGAGCUCCAAGGUCGAGAUCCUCAUCGGCGAGAUGCAGGGCCUCCGCGGGCCCGACGACUCGGGCGACGUCGACGCGUUCCUGCUGCUCCUCAUGCGCCACUGGGCCGCGGCGGUGCUGGACCGCGAGGACAAGGCGAGGACCGCGGCGGGCUCCGACGCCGUCGUCGUCGGCGGCGCGGGCGGCGCGCUCCAGUCGUCGCGGGCCUUCGACCGCGCGAAGACGUCGCUGAAGAUCGCCGACCUCGCGCCGCCCGUGGCGCCGUCGAGCGCCCAGGACAUCGUCGGCGCCAUGAACUUCCGCCGCGACGCGCUCCGCCACGUGAAGCGCGACCUCGGCGCGGCCGUCGCGUACUCGUCGGCGCUCCGCGCCGUCGAGGGCGGCGCGGAGCCGAAGAAGGCGGCGGCGGCGGCCUGCGUCGACGGCCUGCGGGACUGCUCCUUCGUCGACAUGACCGCGGCCUGGGUGCCCGAGCGGCAGACGCCCGAGCCGAACUCGAUCCACUUCGACCACCGGAACGCGUCGUUCGCGUUUCUGGACUUUUGGCAGGCGUACCACGAGCCCAUGGAGGAGUACCUCGACGCCUUCGAGGUGCUCUUCACGCGGGGCCACGACCGCGAGAUCGAGGAGGCGCGCGCGCAGCUCAUCAUGAUGAAGCGCGCCGUCGACAAGUUCAAGUCCGAGGCCGAGAAGCCGUCGACGGCGACGAACGUGCUCAAGUUCCACCUCUUCAACGACCGCUGGGGCCAGCUCCGGUCCCUGCUGGACACGAUUCACAAGCUCCGGGGCAUCCACGUCGCCUACACGACGAAGCAGAUCGACGACGGCCACGUGUCGCGCGACGACGCGGAGAAGGACCUCGUCAACGUCGCCGGCUGGGGCGGCUCCUACGAGUUCGUCCGCGACGCCUGGACGCGCGGCUCCAAGGGCCGCUUCUUCCCCCAGCCCCGCAAGAUCAAGGGCGAGCACAAAAUCACGCAAAGGGGGGCGAAGUAAGGAGUGGCCU